AGCUCACGCCUAGGGGACCUUUUUUUCGAAGAGGCCGAGCGGCUCCUCGACCAAGAGUUGGGCGACUACUCCGUCACUACAGUUCAAGCUCUUGGCAUCAUGUCAAGUAGGGAGGCAAGCUGCGGUCGCGACUUGGCAAAAUGUUAUCAUGCAGGCCAGAGCACAAGGUUGGCCCAUGAAAUGGGACUAAAUCUAGUGGGAGAUGAGGGCGACAAGGACGACAUACUUGUCCGCACAACCACCUUUUGGGGGGCGUUUGCAUUGAACCAGUGA